CACCAAUGGAAUAAAUAGCCGUGUUGGACCACUCUGGACAUUCACACUUUUGGGAUUCACCGAACACAAUCCUCAGUCAAGAUGAUGUUCGUUUCAGGACUUGUUGUCUUUCUGCUGGCACUGACAGCUCAGGCCCAAGAAGUAGACCCUGCUCAAAAUUGGAUGUAUGAUCUGCUUUCUACAAAUGACAAUUAUGAGGUCCGUCAGUACAAUCCUGCAUUUUGGGUUUCCACUAAUUCAUCCAUGUUCGGUGAUGGUGAUGUUGAGGCCUCAAUCCAACAAUUAAUGGAGUAUUUCAACGGUGCCAACGCUGAUGGAGCAACAUUUGACAUGGUAUCUCCUCUGAUCAUGACAAUACCUGACAACAGUUCUCUGGAAAGUGCAAUCAUGUGGAGUUUCUUGCUGCCGUCUUUAUUUCCAGUACCUCCCGCUCCUGUUGAUGAUUCGCUGUUCCUCACUGACGCAACGGCCAUGACAGUGUUAGCGCUGAGUUCGGAGUUCAACAACAACAACAACAUGUUUGACAUUGGGAAAAUGAUCAGUGACGGCUUGGCUCUUCAAUCGAUCAUGGACUUAAUUGGUGAAAUUGAGACAGAAGCAGCCUAUGCUGUGUUCUUCAAUCCUCUCGCGUCUUCUCAAGGGGCAAAUGAGCUGUGGUUUCUUGCGCCGAUGAACCCGUUUGGACUACCGUCUUUUUAAGUUGAAUAUUGUGCUGUGGGCAUUGACCACGUAAAUACAGAGAUGUAGCUGGUCUUCCGUGUCUGAUAUGAGUUAUGAAGACUUUAAACCACCUUUGAUGGAUUUGUGUUGCAUUCAAUAAAGUUUUUCUCAGCACA